UACGCCCCUCUGACAACACACAUGCGUGUCCAGCGGCCAUCUUAGAUUAUCACCAUUUUCGCCGCUUCCCAAGGUAUCGGAGAACGCGUGUAGAAUGGCCACAAACAAUUAUUUCGGCUUUACUCACGGCGGAACUCAAUACGGUACCUCAGGAGCGGCCGCAUAUCAAGCAGCAGCAGCAGCUUCCCAGACCGGCUAUGCCGUGACCCCAGCGUCCGGCGCACCAGCCACCUACCAGACGCAGAGGGCUGCGACCACUGGCUACGAGAGUGCCUAUCAGGCUGCAACCACCCACACGGCCCCUGGCACUUACGUUGCUGGUGGCACUACAGCGGCCGGGACAACCUACGACUACGGCUAUGGCCGACCUGCUCAAUCCACUGCCCCAGCGUAUGACGGAUCCAAAACUUACUACCAGCAGCCAGCCGUUGCAGCCACUGCGUCAGGCACCUACUCUGGUGCUGAAACCCACUACCAAGCCAAAUUUUCAGCUGCUGCCAAGCCAGCGUUCAGCACUCCGAGCAGCAGCUACAAUGUGACCACAAGACAGGUGACUCCGACCACAACCCCCAAGGCCACCAACGCUUACGGCAAUGCCGGCUACAAUAACCAGGGUGCUGGAAAUUACGCAACGGGCUACGCAGCCCCUGCCCAAGCCAACAACACUGGGUACGACACAGCGUUGUACAACGCUGCCACCAUGUAUGUGCAGCAGCAAUCACAAGCUCAGGUCAAGCCUCAGACUGGGGUGGCCAACACAUGGCAGUUCAAGAAAGGAAACCUGGGCGGACAGGCGUGUAAGCUGAACAAACCUAAACAGCCCCCAAAACCCCAACAACUCCACUAUUGUGAUGUUUGCAAGAUAAGUUGUGCUGGACCUCAGACGUACAGAGAACAUCUGGAGGGUCAGAAACACAAGAAGAAGGAAGCUGCUCUGAAAGCAGGAACUGCAACUGCCACUCGAGGGGGAAACGCCUUGAGGUGUGAGCUUUGCGAUGUGACCUGUACAGGCUCUGACGCCUAUGCGGCCCAUAUUAGAGGAGUGAAACAUCAGAAGGUGGUCAAGUUGCACACCAAGCUGGGCAAACCCAUUCCAUCCAACGAGCCUCUUGUGAUGGGCUCGAAAACUGGCACUACGACUGCCGCAGCUAGCACUUCAAAGCCUGCAGGCGCACCUGGGCAGGUGGCUGUUGGAGUUAAAAAACCGUCCGCUGUCCCCAAGAUAAACUUCACUGCUGCAGGAGGAGCUAAAGAGGAGGAGGAAGACACUAGCAAGGCUGAGGAAGCUAAAAUAGAAGAGAAAGAAAUUCAACCAGUUGGUCAAGAUUAUAUAGAGGAAAUUAGAAAUGAUGAAGGGAAAGUUGUCAGCUUCAACUGCAAGCUCUGUGAAUGCCGCUUCAAUGAUCCAAAUGCAAAGGAAAUGCACAUGAAGGGUCGUCGCCACAGACUGCAAUACAAGAAAAAGGUCAAUCCAGAUUUGAUCGUCGACAUCAAACCGUCCCUUCGACAACGGAAACUACAGGAAGAAAAAAUGCGCAGGCAGCAUUUGCGAGAUGAGUACUUUAGACGACGUGAUGAAGAAAGAUUGUUGGUAGAGGAAGAAGAACGAAUGUUCUGGGAAGAGAGGCGGCGUUAUGAGGAAGAAAUGGAGUGGUUUUGGCGUCACGGCAGGGACCACAGAGGCCCACCUAUGCGUCCUCCAUUUGGUCCAGGUGGUCCUCCACCCCACAUGAUGUUCUUCCCUUCUCAGAUGAGACGUCCAGAUUCAAGCGACGAUCGGCACAUGUCUGCCAAGCACCAGGAAAUCUAUCCCACUGAAGAUGAGCUGCAGGCAGUGCAGAGAAUUGUGUCCCACACUGAAAAAGCUUUGAAACAGGUAUCUGACCAAUUGGUUGAUGCCCAAGGCGGGACCACGGAGGCUCCUGCUGCAACCACUGCUCCAGCCCCUGAGGCCACAAAAGAAAUAAAAGUUGAAAAACCAGACGAGCAAAGUGCUGUCAAAAAAGAAGAUGGCCGCGAUGGAUCAAUGUUCUCGUUCCAUCGAAGCAAGGAAGAGUGUGCACAGAACACCAGGACCCUCAAAGGUGUGAUGAGGGUUGGUGUUUUGGCCAAGGGCUUGCUGCUGAAGGGAGACACAAGUGUCCGCCUAGUCGUUUUGUGUGCUGACAAACCCACUGUCAACCUUCUGAACCAAGUGGCAAGCAUGCUUCCAGUUCAGUUAAAGAGUGUCUGCAGUCCUGAAGAUGCAUAUGAAGUUAGUGCUCAUCCCCAACAGGGUUCUAUCCAUGUACGCAACAACAAGAAUGACUUGAAGAUCACUGUUGAGAUUUUGCUAACAUCUCCCGUAGUCCGAGAGGCUCCGGGUGAAAGUGCUCCAGCCGAGCCUGUCGAGGCAGCGAGCCGGCCGGUAGGGAAUCUCUUGGAUAAGCAGCAAUGCUUAGAAGCCCUUGCAGCGCUGAGACAUGCCAAGUGGUUCCAGGCUAGGGCAACUGGACUUCAACACUGCGUGAUGGUGAUUCGCGUUCUGAAGGAUCUCUGUGCUCGAGUUCCCACAUGGGCUCCAUUCCCAUCCUGGGCACUGGAGUUGCUGUGUGAAAAGGUCUUGAGUAGUGCAGGACAACCUCAAAGUCCUGGUGAUGCAUUAAGGCGUGUGAUGGAAGCAGUGGCUUCAGGAAUUUUACUGCCAGGAGGGCCAGGUUUGCUUGACCCUUGCGAAAAGGAGCCAACCGAUGCUGCUGGCUGUCUGACAGUUCAUCAAAGAGAGGACAUAACUGCCAGUGCACAGCAUGCACUGCGUUUGCUGGCAUUCCGUCGGAUCCAUGAAGUCCUGGGCAUGGAGCAGUUGCCUCCUCCAAAAUUCCAAAGGGGACGCUUCAACCGCAAGCGCCGCCGUGACAACAGCAGUGGUGAAGGAAACGACUCCGAGGGAGAAAAUGAACCAUGUGGAGAUGGAAAGAAGGACAAAAAGGAAGACGGCGAGGAGAAGAUGGACACAGAGAAAACAGCAGUCAAUGCUGCUGCCUAAAUUAAUCUCUUGACUGUUUAGUAUUUCCAAGCUUUGUUAGGGAACCCAUGCUGUUAGAGUGCCGAACUAAUGAUUUCAAAUUAGGUUUCUAGUGAACGUAAAGUUGGACCUUAGGUAGGCACCCUGUCUCAAGUCAAAAAAUAAUAAAUUAAAAAACUUUGUGUUAUACUUCCCGUGUUCAAGCAUGGAUAUUUCAUGCCUCUCUCUUACUGAUUUCUUGAUUAAAUAAUACAUUUUAUGGAUGCAAAAAGAGAUAUUCCUCAAGAUAAUGUUUGACUUAAACUAGUUUUAGAGUUUUGAAUCUUGUUAUUAAUAACACUUUGCAAAGAAAGUGGAAUAAACAAGAAACUUCUUAGAGCAAAUCAU